AUGAUAAAAAUCAACCCCAAAAUCUGCAAUUCUUUCCUUGGAAUGCAAUCGAUGAAAUCAUCUUGCGCUUAUUCCAUAUGCCAAAACUCUUCUACAGACUAUGAUACUUGCCCAAAAUGCAACUCCACAAGAUAUUGCUCUCAAAAUUGCCUUAGAAAAGAUUGGACGGCAUCUCAUCAAUUUACUUGCAGUCAACAUAAGACUGCUAUACAGGACUAUAUAGAGGAUAGAGAGACUAAAAUUCUGGGAAAAGGCUCAUACGGAGAAGUAAAACUUGUAAAAAACCCAACAUCAGGUCAGUAUUUUGCCUUAAAGCAAAUAAACAAAGAGCGAUUAAAAAGCGAUUCUUCUUUAUUAGUGAUGCUUACUCUCCCUCUGUAAUUGAGCGAAACAAUUGGAAAAUUUGGAAUUUUAAAAUAAAAUUUUUAAAUAUCUUUCUAUAUAUGAGGAAUAUAUUUUGCCUUAUCACAGGGGUUAGAGAAAUAAAUAUCCAUAAAGCUUUAAAGCAUCCCAAUGUAAUUCAACUAUUCCAGCACUUUGAAGAUGAUAAAAACGUCUAUAUUUUAUUAGAAUAUGCUCCGAAUGGGUCUUUAUUUAAAUUAAUCAAAAAGCGCCAAGGCCUUUCCGAAGAAAUUGCAUGGCAUUACUAUACGCAAACUUGUGUAGGUCUCAAAUACUUGCAUGAUAACCAUAUAAUUCAUCGGGAUUUAAAGCCAGAAAAUCUGCUACUCGAUCAAUAUGGCAAUGUAAAAAUCUGUGAUUUUGGAUGGUGCGUGCAGAGUACUGAGCAGAGGCAGACUUUUUGUGGAACUUUGGACUAUAUGGCCCCAGAAAUGAUUUUAGAAAAAGGGCAUUCUUUUGAGCUAGAUAUGUGGGCAAUUGGGGUGCUCCUCUAUGAGCUAUUACAUGGAUAUCCACCUUUUCGAGCAGUUAGAGAUACUGAUAAGUGCCAACAAAUUUUGCUACCCAAAUUAACUUUUGACCCAAAAAUCAGUCCUGAAGCAGCUGAUUUAAUUAAAAAUUUAUUAAGAACAAAUCCAGAAGAGCGCUUACAGCUGAAUGAAGUGCUAGCACAUCCAUGGAUUGCUAGAUACGCUCCUUCCAUCAAUACUAAUGUGAAUACAAAAGCAAUUCAUCCUGAGUAUGGCCUUGGAGUGAUAACCAAUAUAGAAGGUCUACUAUGUACAAUAUUUUACCAUGAUAAACACAAUAAAAAAUGUCAGUUAGCGGGAGGAUUCAGGUCCUAUAUCUGAGCGCAGUGAGAAAAGUCCAGGACUUCUUGAGAGUCUCGGCUCAAGAGGAUGGGUCUAUACUGAGUCUGGUGUAGAUCAGAGAGGUCAUAAGUGGCUUGGGGACAGAAACAGUUCGACGGUUAACGGUUAGGCCGACCCACCUACCGCUAUUCAGAGCUGUGGUCCAAGCUGAGGUCAAGAAGUACUGGACUUGAAGAGUUAUCUUAAAUUUAAACUUAAAUCAUGAUAAAAAUUUCACUCAAUAUUUAGCUGUUCCUGAUAUCCCGUAUAUAUUAGAAAUACAGCCAAACGAUCAAAAAGAAACCCUCCUACAAGAAAUAGAGUCCCUAAAAAGCAUUGAUUCAGAAGCUUCAUCUUUAACUAGAGAAAAAAGGCUUUUACAUAGAAUCCAUAAGUGAUGCAAAGCUCCUGUCAAGAGAAAAAAUAAAUUUGAAAGGAAAUUAAGAAAAUCAAUUAAUCUAAAGGAAAAAAACUUUAAAAUAGCUUUGAAAUUAGAAUUAGAGAGAUUUUCAGGGGAAAGCAGAAGCGAAAUGAGAAGCAGCAAUCAAAUAUCGGACGGCUCAUCUGUCAUCGAUAUAAAAGCGUUAAAAUUCGUUGAUCUAAGAGAACAAAAAUCGUCUACGUCUAACAAUUGUGAUGGGAAAACAACUGAAAUGACUGGAGACCAAAGCCAAAAAGCCUACCAAAAUGAUAAAGAGAUCAAGGAAUUCAAUCAAAGCCUCGAGCAGCAAAGAGAAAGAGAAUGCAGAGACUUCAAAAGGUUUCUCAAAACAAAUUCAAUUGGCUGCCAAACAAGAGAUAGCAAAGGAAAGACACCGAAUCAGCAAAAAUCUGGAAUUACCCACUGGUUCACUGCGAUUUUUGGCUGUGUUGAGAGAAGACGUACAAGAGAAUAA